AUGAUAAUAUUAGUCAACAAAAUCAAUAUUUUUAUCAACACAGAUUUACCAUUUACUACUAAAGAAGAAGAAGGAAAUAAUAUUCGAAUUUAUCAAAAAGAAAAAAAUAUUUUAAAGUCUGGUGGACUUGCUAAAUAUAAAUAUGGAGAUAUUAAAAGAAAUAUUGAAAGAAUUUUAAAUAAAAUUUUAAAAAAUACUCAAUUUGAAAAUGAUAAAGAAUUAAUUUUGUCGAAAAUUUUGUCUUUACAAGGAGAUAUUCGUUCAUUUAAAAAAGGUUUAAAAGCUAAUUUAAAAGAUUUUAUAGAUCUUCAAGAUCAAGAAAAUGUUCCAAGUGAAUUAAGAUUUUUUUGA